GCCUACGUGGCAGCCGCUGGAGCCGCUGACGAGAAGUGAGGCCGGCCGCCGGCACUUCCUGUGGAGGCCGCAGCGGGCGCGGGCGCCGACGGGCCGAGCGCCGAGGGAGCGAGCGAGCGAGCUAGCCGAGCCUCCCGCCGCCGCCAUGGGCCAGAACGACCUGAUGGGCACGGCCGAGGACUUCGCAGACCAGUUCCUGCGAGUCACCAAGCAGUACCUGCCGCACGUGGCACGCCUCUGCCUGAUCAGCACCUUCCUGGAGGACGGCGUCCGCAUGUGGUUCCAGUGGAGCGAACAGCGGGACUACAUCGACGGCACCUGGAGCUGCGGCUACCUGCUGGCCUCCUGCUUCGUGCUCCUCAACCUGCUCGGGCAGCUGACCGGCUGCAUCCUGGUGUUGAGCAGGAACUUCGUGCAGUACGCCUGCUUUGGGCUCUUCGGCAUCAUCGCGCUGCAGACGAUUGCCUACAGCAUUUUAUGGGACUUGAAGUUUCUGAUGAGGAACCUGGCCCUGGGAGGAGGCUUGUUGCUUCUCCUGGCGGAGUCCCGCUCCGAAGGGAAGAGCAUGUUCGCGGGCGUCCCCACCAUGCGCGAGAGCUCCCCCAAACAGUACAUGCAGCUCGGAGGCCGGGUCUUGCUGGUCUUGAUGUUCAUGACCCUCCUUCACUUUGACGCCAGCUUCUUCUCGAUUCUCCAGAACAUCGUGGGCACGGCUCUGAUGAUUUUGGUGGCCAUCGGCUUUAAAACCAAGCUGGCCGCUUUGACUCUCGUCGUGUGGCUGUUUGCCAUCAACGUGUAUUUCAACGCCUUCUGGACCAUUCCCGUCUACAAGCCCAUGCAUGACUUCCUCAAGUACGACUUUUUCCAGACCAUGUCGGUGAUCGGAGGCUUGCUCCUGGUGGUGGCCCUGGGCCCCGGGGGCGUGUCCAUGGACGAGAAGAAGAAAGAGUGGUAACGGACCCCUCCCCGCCUGGCUGGGAGCCGUGGCCGUCGAGGACUGGUUCAGGGUGGACUCGACCAACUGCCAGCAUCUCUGUAUCCUCUUCCCUCCCCUCCCUUGGUAAAGGCACAGAUGUUUUGAGAACUUUAUUUGCGGACACCUGAUAAUUGAUGGCUAAAUCUGCUCUGGACCCACAACCUGCUAUCUGACCACGCAGAGCUGGCCAGCCCGUGGUCAGCACCUCCCUCCCCAAGGCAGGCCGCAGCUGCUUGGGGUGAGCGGCUUGCUUGGCUGUGGCCUUGCAGUCCUGUUUUUUUGGGUUUCUUUUUUGGGGUAGGGGACCUUCAAGCUGUACUGUGAGCAGAUACAUUUGUGUAUCAUUCAAA